AUGACUCUGGAGUCCAUGAUGGCGUGUUGCCUGAGCGAUGAGGUGAAGGAAUCCAAGCGGAUCAACGCCGAGAUCGAGAAGCAGCUGCGGCGGGACAAGCGCGACGCCCGGCGCGAGCUCAAGCUGCUGCUGCUCGGCACGGGCGAGAGCGGGAAGAGUACGUUCAUCAAGCAGAUGCGCAUCAUCCACGGGGCCGGGUACUCCGAGGAGGACAAGCGGGGCUUCACCAAGCUCGUCUACCAGAACAUCUUCACGGCCAUGCAGGCCAUGGUCCGGGCCAUGGAGACGCUGCGGAUCCUCUACAAGGACGAGCAGAACAAGGCCAACGCGCUCCUGAUCCGGGAGGUGGACGUGGAGAAGGUCACGACUUUCGAGCACCAGUACGUCUGCGCCAUCAAGAACCUGUGGAGCGACCCGGGGAUCCAGGAGUGCUACGACCGGAGGCGGGAGUUCCAGCUCUCCGACUCUGCCAAAUACUACCUGGCGGACGUGGACCGCAUCGCCACCUUGGGCUACCUGCCCACCCAGCAGGAUGUGCUGCGGGUACGAGUGCCCACCACAGGCAUCAUCGAGUACCCUUUUGACCUGGAGAACAUCAUCUUCAGGAUGGUGGACGUCGGUGGGCAGCGGUCCGAGCGGAGGAAGUGGAUCCACUGCUUCGAGAACGUGACCUCCAUCAUGUUCCUCGUCGCCCUCAGCGAGUACGACCAGGUCCUCGUGGAGUCCGACAACGAGAACCGGAUGGAGGAGAGCAAAGCCCUGUUCCGGACCAUCAUCACCUACCCCUGGUUCCAGAACUCCUCCGUCAUUCUCUUUCUCAACAAGAAGGACCUGCUCGAGGACAAGAUCCUGCACUCCCACCUCGUGGACUACUUCCCCGAGUUUGACGGGCCGCAGCGGGACGCGCAGGCCGCCCGGGAGUUCAUCCUGAAGAUGUUCGUGGACCUGAACCCCGACAGCGACAAGAUCAUCUACUCGCACUUCACGUGCGCCACCGACACGGAGAACAUCCGCUUCGUGUUCGCGGCCGUCAAGGACACCAUCCUGCAGCUCAACCUCAAGGAGUACAACCUGGUGUGAGCGGCCGGGACGCCAGGGGCGCACGCCGGGGCGCGGGGCAGCGAGGGCCUCGUCCCCCUUCAGCCAGUGGUUUGUCCUCCGCACCCACGGGGCGCCCCUCCUUCCCCGCCUGGGCGCCCGCUCCCCCGAGGCGGCAGAGGCGGCCAGCUCCUGCCCUGCUCUCGGCUUCAUUGUUUUUAAACACGGAAAGAAAAAGGCGGCGACCGGAGACGAGGCAGGGGCGCCUCCAGCGGGCGCUUUUCCUUUCCCUUUUUUUUUUUUUGCCCCUGAUUUUCUUCUUAAUUAUGACACAUCUGGAGCCCUGGAGACUGGGACUUUGGUUUCGCGCCUUUUUUAAGUUAUUGAGGUCCGCUGCAGAGUCGCUGCCGUAGCGCUGGUUUCGCUCCCGGACUCCGAAAGGCGGGGGUGGGUGGCGCCCCCAGUUGGCCACCCCGGGAAGUGCCUGACCAGCUUUUUUUUUUUUUAUUUGAGGAAGAGAAAGAAAAGUCCAUCAUGUCGGAGAGACCCCUUGGUGGCGGCCCAGUCGCUGCCUGGCUCGCGGCCCUCUGCAGGGGCUGCAUAGACGGGGCAGGCCGCGGGGUGUGGGGGUGCUGCCCCCCACGGCACCCCGCGUCGGCCAGGAAGCUGUCGGGGAGCUGUCGGGGAACCCCGGGCGGGUGAGGUGUGUUGUGCUGAGCCCCGGGCAUCGGGAGGUGUGUUGUGCGUCUGGGAUUCCUUCUUAAUCUUAACCAGUUUGGAAGCAGCGAGGACGGGGUGGGGACUUUUUCAGGAUAUUCUCAGGUCUGUCCCCGAGAGAGAGGGACCCAACCACUUGCUCCCACCGCACCGAGCGCCCCUGCCCGCCGUGGCCGGGGGACGAGUGCCCAGGUCGGGCACGUCAGGAGCAUCGGGAGCACCCCAGGGUCACGUCUCUCCCCGAGUGACCUGGAGGCCCCCGGCAGGGAGCUUUCUGGGAGACAGGGGUGGCUUCAUCUGUCACCGUCCAAAGCUGUAGCCUGGAGUUUUGGGCUUUCACGCAGCCGUGGGAGGACGAAUCGCCAGCAAUGCCUUCACCCCACCUGUGACAUCUGGGCCUUAUGGGGCCACCCAGGAAGCGGCAGCUCGGUGCGCUCUCUGCACCCCACCCCCACCCCCGUGCUCAUCAUGUGCCAAGGGCCUGCUGGCAACGACGGGGUGCUCCUCGUGGGAGUCGGGGGACAGCUGCAUGUCCGGGCAGCAGCCCCAUAUGGGGGCAGAAGGGGCUGGGCUGGCCGCCACCAUCCUCGUGCCCCCUUACCUCUUGUGUCUGUCCCCAGAGGGCCCUUUCUGUGCCAAGACCCCCGCGAGAGGAUUUGUGCCAUAAACCUGAAGCCACACCAAGCCCCCACCCAUGGAUGGGUGGCCCCUGGAGAGGAUGGUGCUGCCCCACGUCUGGGCUGGUGGGGGGCCUGCCCCAGGGAGCCUGGAGUCCUCGGGGGGCAGGCUCAGUGCCCUGGUUACAAACGGGACACGGGGCCUGUCCUCCUUGCACCCUCUUUGGGCUCAGGCGGGUGGCAUGCAGGCAAGUGACAGGCCAGGGCUGGGGCACAGCCAAAGGAAGUGCAAGUGUCAAUACCUCCGGGGUCAGGACAGGGGCUGGAGCUGCCAAACCUCCUCGCCUGGGCCCUUGUGCAUUGGGGAGACCCCCACCCCCAGUUUUCUAGUUGGCCUGAGCCUGUCUCAACGGGGCCUCAGGCAGGGCAACUGCACUUACCCUGGAGAGCCCCGGCUGGGGCUGCUGUGGGGUGGGAGCAGGAUUGAGCAGGCCCAACGGGCAGCCCACCCUGGGGCCCCCACACACCCCCUUCAGACCUGGCCUUGGGGAAAGCAUGGCCCUGUCGUCCCCUCAUCCUGGUGUGUGAGGCUGGUGUGUGUGUGUGUGUGUGUGUGUGUGAUGGCGUGUGUCUGUGAGCAUGGCUGGCGCGUGUGUGUGCAUGUGUGGCUGUUGUGUGUGUGUGUGUGUGUGUGUGUGUGUGUGAUGGCGUGUGUCUGUGAGCAUGGCUGGCGCGUGUGUGUGCAUGUGUGGCUGUUGUGUGUGUGUGUGUGAGGUUGCUGUGUGUGUGUUUCCCUGGUGGCUGUCAUCUCCGUGACCGUCCCUGUGAGCGCCGACCCCCGCUCCGCGUCAGACCCGGGUGCCCCGCCGUGCCCCACCCCGGAAGCGUCGUCACGCCAAGGCCCCUGCCCGAGGCUGAGGCGCCAGUGCCCAGGCGCCCGCCGGUCGUCCUUGUACAUUACACAGUCCUGACUCCAGACAAUUUAAACCCUCACCUAUUUAAGGAGAAGAUUCUAUCAAACGCUGUUUUUAAACUCUCGUCCCCUGCGAUGCAUGUGCCGCUGUGCGUGGGGCAGCGGGGAGGCCGGCACCACUCGGUGUCCCCUCGGUGUCCCCUCGGCGGCGAGGGCUGCCCCGGGCUGGCAAGUGCAGGAUGGGGCGCGGUGAGAGCCAGGGGCCCCAGCCCCUCAAUCCAGAAACACCUGACGGAAAUCAACUUUUCAUAUCUUUCUCCUGAAAUGAAUUCUCUGUUUUAAAAUUGGAAUAAAUUUUGUUCCUAAAUGC